AAAAUGAGGCAAAUGAGAAAGCUAAGAAAGCUAAGAAAGCUUUACCAGAAACAGAAGCAAGUACUAUAACCGUACCCUCUAUUCUAUUGUCUCAUACCUCUAAUUCGGAAGAUGAGAUAA